CCGCCCGCUGCCGGAGAACCCGGGGCAGGAGCUCGCCAAGGGCCAGCGGCGCAUGAACCCCCUCAACAUCCAGAUGCUGUCCAAGACCCUCCAUGAGCAGAUCUUCAGGGGGGCCCAGGUACACUACUCGGCGGCCGAGAUUCAGAGAAGCGUGGAGCAUCUGCGACGCCACGACCUGUGGGGCAAGGAGACCUCCACGCUCCCCGACGUGGACCUGCAGCUGCCUCGCAUGUAUGGGGACAACAUCGAUGAGCAUUUUCGCCUCCUGGCACAGAAGCAGAGUUUGCCUUACCUGGAGGCGGCCAACGAGCUGCUGCGGUGUGAGCUGCCCCCCAUGCCUGCGCAGUGGGCAUGGCAGCUUGGCUGGACCCGCUACAGCCCCGACGGGCAAGCAGAAGUUGUCGACUUCCCCGAGGAGCGGGCGGUGGUGUUGGACGUGGAGGUGUGCGUGGCUGAUGGCCACUGCCCGACGCUGGCCGUCGCGGUCUCACCACAUGCCUGGUAUUCGUGGUGCAGCAAGCGGCUGCUGGAGCAGCGGUAUUCCUGGUCCAGCCACCUCACCCUGGCCGACCUCAUUCCCCUGGAGAGCCCGGCAGGCGCUGGCUGUGCUGGCAAGCAGGACUGGCCAGAGAGAGUGGUGGUGGGGCACAACGUGGCCUUCGACCGGGCGUUCAUCAAGGAGCAGUACCUCAUCCAGGGCUCCCGGGUGCGUUUCUUGGACACCAUGAGCAUGCACAUGGCCAUCUCGGGGCUGACGGGCUUCCAGCGCAGCCUCUGGAUGGCUGCCAGGCACGGCAAGAGGAAGGGACUGCAGCAGGUCAAGCAGCACAUGAAGAAAACGCGCAGCAAAAUGGAGGGGCCAGCUAUCACUUCGUGGGACUGGGUGCACGUCAGCAGCAUCAACAACCUGGCAGAUGUGCACGCGCUGUACGUUGGCGGAGAGCCGCUGGAGAAGGAGGCGCGGGAGCUCUUUGUGAAGGGGAGCAUGGACGACAUCAGGAGUCACUUCCAGGACCUGAUGUCAUACUGUGCCCGUGAUGUCCAGGCCACCCAUGAGGUGUUUCAGGAGCAGCUUCCGCUCUUCAUGGAGAGGUGCCCCCAUCCCGUGACGUUUGCAGGGAUGUUGGAGAUGGGGGUGUCCUACCUGCCUGUCAAUGGGAACUGGAAGAGGUACCUGGAUGAUGCUCAGGGCAUCUACGAGGAGCUGCAGAAGGAGAUGAAGAAAUCGUUGAUGAACCUGGCCAACGAGGCCUGCCAGCUACUGCACGAGGACAGGUACAAGGAUGACCCCUGGCUCUGGGAUCUUGAGUGGGACACGCAGGAGUUUAAGCAGAAGAAAAAUCCAGGGGGAAAGAAGAAGAAGGGUCAGAAUGGGAACAGCAAAGCCUCUGUGGUGGCGGCAGGCGCAGACGGGUCCACACAGGAGUGGCAGGAAGACCCUGGCCCCCCUGGUGAGGAUGAGGAGCUGAAAGCCCCCGCGAGCCGGGUUUGUCUGGAGCGUCUGAAGGAGACAGUCGCACUGCAACCCAAGAGACUCCAGCACCUGCCAGGCCACCCGGGCUGGUACCGCAAGCUGUGCCUGCGCCUGGAGGAGGAGGGGUGGGUGCCGGGACCCAGCCUCAUCAGCCUGCAGAUGAGGGUGACCCCGAAGCUGAUGCGCCUGGCCUGGGACGGCUUCCCACUCCAUUACUCGGAGAAGCAUGGCUGGGGCUACCUGGUGCCGGGGCGGCAGGACAAUUUGACGGCAACCCCCUUGGAGGCAGAGGGCCCUCCCUGCCCGCACAGGGUGAUCGAGUACCUGUACAGGCAGCAUUGCCUGGAGAAAGGCAAGGAGCAGCCCCCGGGGCUGGACGCUCCCAUGGAGGAUGAGCUGCUGGUGAUGGACGGUAGCACAAUGUGGCAGAAGGUGGAGGAGCUGAGCCAGAUGGAGGUGGAUGCAGAGGAGAAAAUGGGCAGAGCAGACCAGAGCCUGGCACAGGAGGAGAUGGAUGAGGUGUUUGAGCUGGUGGAGGCGAGGAGCCAGCCUUCGUACCACCACGGCAAUGGUCCCUACAACGACGUCAACAUCCCUGGGUGCUGGUUCUUCAAGCUGCCUCACAAGGAUGGAAAUGAUAACAACGUGGGAAGCCCUUUUGCCAAGGAUUUCCUGCCCCAGAUGGAGGACGGCACCCUGCGGGCUGCUGUGGGCCGCACCCACGGGACCAGAGCCCUCGAGAUUAACAAAAUGAUCUCUUUUUGGAGGAACGCUCACAAGCGGAUCAGUUCCCAGAUGGUGGUGUGGCUGAAGAAAGGGGAGCUGCCUCGCGUGGUGACCAGGCACCCUGACUAUAACGAGGAGGACGAUUAUGGGGCCAUCCUGCCGCAGGUGGUGACUGCGGGUACCAUCACCCGCCGGGCGGUGGAGCCCACGUGGCUGACGGCCAGCAAUGCCCGGGCCGACCGGGUGGGCAGCGAGCUGAAAGCCAUGGUCCAGGUGCCGCCUGGCUAUGCCCUGGUGGGCGCGGAUGUGGAUUCCCAGGAGCUCUGGAUAGCUGCUGUCCUCGGCGAGGCGCACUUCGCCGGCAUGCAUGGCUGCACAGCCUUCGGCUGGAUGACUCUACAGGGGAAGAAGAGCAACGCGACAGACCUACACAGCAAGACGGCCGCCACGGUGGGCAUCAGCCGGGAGCACGCCAAAGUCUUCAACUACGGGCGCAUCUACGGGGCCGGGCAGCCCUUCGCCGAGCGGCUGCUGAUGCAGUUCAACCAUCGGCUGACACAGCAGCAGGCGCGUGAGAAGGCUCAGCAGAUGUACGCUGUCACCAAGGGCGUCCGGAGGUUUCAUCUCACUGAGGAUGGGGAGUGGCUGGUGAGGGAGCUGGAGCUGGCUGUGGACAGGGCAGAGGAUGGAUCAGUGUCAGCCCAGGAUGUCCAGCGGCUCCAGAGAGAAGCCACAAAAAGGUCCCGGAGAAAGAAGAAGUGGGAUGUGGUGCGGCACCGAGUGUGGGUUGGAGGCACUGAGUCUGAAAUGUUCAACAAGCUGGAGAGCAUCGCCUUAUCCCCAUCCCCACAGACCCCGGUGCUGGGCUGUCACAUCAGCAGGGCCCUGGAGCCUGCUGUGGCCAAGGGAGAGUUUCUGACCAGCAGAGUGAACUGGGUGGUGCAGAGCUCAGCUGUCGACUACCUGCACCUCAUGCUGGUUGCCAUGAAGUGGCUCUUCGAGGAGUUCGACAUAAAUGGGCGCUUCUGCAUCAGCAUCCACGAUGAGGUGCGCUACCUGGUCCAGCAUCAAGACCGCUACCGCGCAGCCCUGGCCCUGCAGAUCACCAACCUCCUCACAAGGUGCAUGUUUGCAUACAAACUGGGCCUCCAGGAUCUGCCGCAGUCGGUGGCUUUCUUCAGUGCAGUGGAUGUUGACCAGUGCUUAAGGAAAGAGGUGACCAUGACCUGCGUCACACCAUCAAAUCCAACGGGCAUGGAGAAGAAAUAUGGUAUCCCUCAAGGAGAAGCACUGGAUAUAUAUCAGCUCAUUGAAAUAACCAAAGGUUCGCUGGAGAAGAAGUGA